GAACUCGAAUUGCCUCUGGGAUAAAUUUUUUUUUUUAGAAUUCUUUCACAGAACAAGAAGGAUGAUCAAUUUAUGGGAUAAAUAAUUUUACAGUACAUGGAAUGGUAGGUGGUAUUGAUGGAUUUGGAACCCAUUGUCUCAAAGCCUCCUCAAAAAUUUGUCCUCAGUCCUGUACUGAGUGUUUACUCCUUCCUGCAAGAGCCAUGAAUUGUUAUUCGAUCAGUGUCAGCGCAUGGUUCUCAAAUUUCUCAAAUUAGGAGAGAGAUUGGGAGGACUGGAAGGGUGGUAGUUGUGGAAGGAUUGAAUGUUAGAAACUGUCACCGACCUGCAUUUAAUUCUUGUUCCUUUCUCAUCUCUAAAAGCGUCCUCUUCUUCUUACCAACAAAUUUACUACUAACUAAAUCCCUCCUACUCCCACCAUAAAACCCCUGAUGCUUUCUUUCUCACUCCAUCCCUCACCCUUGUCUCAUGCUUUUGCUUCUCUUCAUCAAUCAAUCUCCUGUCCUCCUCUUCCUCCUGUCUCUUACUUUUUACCUUCACUUGUGAGUUGUGUCUCUGUUUGCAGAACAGAAUUCUGAGAUCUGAUCGAGCUUUUUUUUUCAGGGGUGAGAAGAAAUGGGGUUAUUUUCACUAGUGACACUGGUCACAGGGAUGCGAGGUCCAAGUGGGUUCGGAUCAGCUUCGACUGCUGAACAGGUUACUGAAGGAAUUGAUGCAAGCAAACUCACUGCUGUAAUCACUGGAGGAGCGAGUGGAAUUGGUUUGGAGACAGCAAGAGUCUUGGCACUCCGUGGCGCCCAUGUCGUGAUUGGUGCCAGAAACAUGGAGGCUGCAAAUGAAGCAAAACAGCUUAUUCUCAAAGAUAAUAAAUCUGCUCGUGUGGAUGUUCUGAAACUCGAUCUUUGCUCGAUGAAGUCCGUCAGAGCAUUUGCCAAUGAUUUUAAUGCUCUUCAAGUUCCCCUGAACAUCUUGAUAAACAAUGCUGGUGUCAUGUUCUGCCCUUACCAGCUCUCAGAGGAUGGAAUUGAGUUGCAGUUCGCAACAAACCAUCUUGGUCAUUUCCUCUUGACAAACCUUCUCCUCGACAAUAUGAAGAACACAGCUAAAGUUACUGGGACUGAAGGAAGGAUUGUGAAUUUGUCAUCAAUAGCACAUCAAUAUACAUAUGGACAUGGGAUACGGUUUGAUAAAUUAAACGACAAAAUUGGUUACAAUGACAAGGCGGCAUAUGGGCAAUCUAAAUUAGCAAACAUUUUACAUGCAAAUGAGCUCUCUUGUCGGUUGCAGGAGGAGGGUGCAAAUAUUACAGCAAACUCUGUGCAUCCGGGCCUAAUAAUGACAAAUCUCAUGAGGCAUUCUGCUGUUCUGAUGAGAGCUCUGCAGGUAUUCACAUUUCUCUUUUGGAAGAAUGUCCCACAGGGAGCAGCUACAACAUGUUAUGUUGCACUACACCCUAAUUUGACGGGUGUAGCAGGGAAGUACUUCCUGGACUGUAAUGAGAUGAAACCAAGCAACUUGGCUACAGACAAAGUGUUGGCAAAGAAACUGUGGGACUUCAGUGAAAAGUUAGUUAAUUCUGUUUAGAAUAAUUAAGGUUUGCUGCUUUCAGCUGAAGCACAACUGGAGGCUUAGGAUCUCCCUUAAUAUAGAAUGGAAUAAGCAUACAGGGAUGGUAGGGUCUAGUAUUUGGAAUGGUCCCUGUUUCAUGAAAGAAAGCAAAAUUUCAAUUUGUUGGCAUCUAAAGAAUAUAUAUGGGUAUUUUUUUCCUUCGUUUUGCUUAUAUGGAAGAUAGUUUUAAAGUAA